CAACUCUGUUGUGAUGUGGGACGAUGGAAUGUGGAAUAGAUAAUAUUUUUUCCUCUUUCAAAAACAAAUAAACAAAGAGAACUGAAGAGACAAAAGGUCUGUAAUUUGGUAUUAUUGUCUCCGUAUUGCAGAUUCCACCGUUUCACAAUCAUUGCCAAGUCACCUACGUGAUUUUCAUUGCCAGAUGCGAGCGAAGGUAUUUUUCAUAGUUGACGACAAAUUUGAACUGUAGCAGUCCCGCAAAACGAGAGAGAGCCAACGCAGAUCACCCGGAGCCACCCAACCACAUGGAUACCAAGUCCAAUGAUGUCGCUGGCAGUGACUCGCUGGACAAAUCUAUGCAAAUCAAGUGUGUGAUGGUGGAGACAACGACGACGGGCGACGGAGACUCCACAGUCGGAGAUCUGGACAACUGCAGCAGGGAUUCCGCUGCGGAAUCGAUGGGCAAGGGAUCGGGUUCCAUGGAAGGAGCCGGGAAGCAGGCGGAUCACAAGACUGAAGCUGCAGCGGGGACACGGGGCGAAGGCGACAGUCCGCAGAGCAGCCAAUCCCCACCAGAACAUCCGGCCAGCAAAUCACCCACGUCCCCAUGCACUGCCUUCGAGACGAAAGUCAAGCUAAUCUCACAGAACCUCAAGGAAACCACGCUGGCCGAGAGUACCGGCGCCUCAGUAUCAUCAUCCACAUCCACAUCUACACCCACACCCAAGUCCGCCUCCAGCAGCAGCAGCAUGCUGGAGUCGCAGCAGACACCCAACAAUUCCACCCCCGAUACAACAGACUCCGCCUCGUCGUCCGUCCGCGUGAAGAAGGUACGCUUCCAUCCGGAUGUCAAGGAGAACGACGGCGGGAACUGGAUGAAAAGAAAGCGACGCUCCAUGCAGACCAAACGUACCUCCUCGCCCAGCGGCGCCAACUGUGAUGGCAUGGAGCUGGACGGCGAGGCCGAGGAGGAGUACGAGGACAAUGACGACGAGGAGCAGGAGGAGGCGGAGGAGGAGUUCGAUCUGGCCAAGACAAUCGCCGAGGCGGAGGAUUACCUCAAGCAGCAUCCGUUGACGUUCGUGCAGCGCGUCGAACAGAACGGCGAGCGGCUGCAGGAUGGACUGCUCAGCAUCGAGGACAUGCUAAACGAAGUCGGCGAGGAGGUGGUCACCGAAUACAACGACGAGGACUUCUUCAGACGCAUCAAGCCCGAGAACGGCAUUGAACGCAUUCUGGGCAAGGAGACCAAGGCGGGAAAGGUAUGUUUAUGUGAUAGGGUUCAAAUAUUUUCUAUGAAUUCUAAUUGAUAACAUUGCUUCUUU